AUGGCAGAGCAGACUGAUGCUGCCAGUGGUUCUUUGAGACCCUCUACACCAGGUCUCCCCACUGCUGCUGACCUUGUAUCCCUGGCAGAGAUUCACUCUCUGCUACAGGAGUUCCACCACGAUAUUAAGAAGAGCACCAAAGGCCUGAACCACUCCUUGAUAAAAGAGAUGCUUGAACUGAGUGCCAGGACAAACUGCAUGGUGGGUCAAUUGCAUAAAAUCAUGGCUCACCACAACAAUUUAGCUGACCAGCAUCAAGAACUGUUGAGUGGAUUCAAAAGGCUCAAACUAAAGCUUACAGACCUAGAAGACAGGUCCCUCCACAAUGUUCUUUGGAUUAGGGGCAUAUUGGAGGAUUCCACCUACCGCUUAUCCAAAUCCUCUAAACAACCCAAAGUUACCCCCUGUGAUCACAAGGGAGCAUGUCUAUAA